UUCUCGGGGUCCGCGCACACCUUGCACCGUCCGGACCCGAGCGGAACCUCCCCGCGGCCCAGCCGCGCCCGGUCCCGAGAGGUACCAUGCUGUGGGGUGCAAGCAGCCCCCUGGCUUGGCUCUCUGCUGGCCCAGGCAACGUGAACGUCAGCAGUGUGGGCUCAGCAGAGGGGACCACAGGCCCAGCUGCACCGCUGCCCUCACCCAAGGCCUGGGACGUAGUGCUGUGCAUCUCGGGCACCCUGGUGUCCUGUGAGAACGCGCUGGUGGUGGCCAUCAUUGUGGGCACUCCUGCCUUCCGUGCCCCCAUGUUCCUGCUGGUGGGCAACCUGGCCGUGGCAGACCUGCUGGCAGGCCUGGGGCUGGUCCUGCACUUUGCCGCUGUCUUCUGCAUUGGCUCAGAGGAGAUGAGCCUGGUGCUGGUUGGCGUCCUGGCGAUGGCCUUUACCGCCAGCGUUGGCAGUCUACUGGCCAUCACCGUUGAUCGCUAUCUUUCUCUGUACAAUGCCCUCACCUACUACUCAGAGACAACCGUGACACGGACCUAUGUGAUGCUGGCCCUAGUGUGGGGGGGCGCACUGGGCCUGGGGCUGCUGCCUGUGCUGGCCUGGAACUGCAGGGAUGCCCGGGCCACGUGUGGCGUGGUAUAUCCAUUCUCCAAGAACCAUCUGGUGGUCCUGGCUGUUGCCUUCUUCAUGGUGUUUGGCAUCAUGCUGCAGCUCUAUGCCCAGAUCUGCCGCAUCGUCUGCCGCCAUGCCCAGCAGAUUGCCCUCCAGAGGCACCUGCUGCCCGCCACCCACUACGUGGCCACCCGCAAGGGCAUCGCCACACUGGCCGUGGUGCUUGGCGCCUUUGCCGCCUGCUGGCUGCCCUUCACUGUCUACUGCCUGCUGGGUGAUGCCCACUCCCUGCCCCUCUACACCUAUCUCACCCUUCUCCCUGCCACCUACAACUCCAUGAUCAACCCCAUCAUCUAUGCCUUCCGCAACCAGGACGUGCAGAAGGUGUUGUGGGCCGUCUGCUGCGGCUGUUCUUCUUCCAAGAUCCUUUUCCGAUCCCGUUCCCCCAGUGAUGUCUAGUCGCAUCCUGGUGACCCUUCAGCCCUCAUCACUACAGAAUUCCAGAAUGUUAGGUCCUCCAGGACUUCAAUCCAACCCUCCAGCUCCACACCCCCAAGACCCAGCUGGUUCUGGAGUUCUAGGACAUUGGGUGUU